AUGCUUUGUUUGACAAGUCAUGCGAAAGUUGGAUCUGUGGCAUUCGAGUACAAGAAGAGUGUGUUGCUUGAACGAUACUUCUGGAAGACCACGUCUGAGCCAUACAGUAGGUUAAUGCACAGUAACCCAUCGUCAUAUCCCAACCACCGAGCAUCCCGAAUUCCAACUUUGUCCAGCACAUGUUCAAAGGUCUUACAGCACGCGUCAUUUGAUUUUUUUAGAGACGGCCUGAUGAAUAAAUAA